AUGGAGGAAAUGUACGGAUUGAUGAAUUACCAUGAGCAAGUUCCACCGCCAGAUUCGGCCAGAGAGAACUACGGCCACCAUGCUUUUGAUGAUCAGUCACCAGAGGUUGGCCAUCAUCGGAGAAUUCGGCCAGUAUUCGGAUCAGGUUCCAAUAUUCAAACUAGUAGUAGCAAUAAUAAUAACAAUGGAUUAGCUGAAGAACUAGAUGAAGAUUUGUCAAGUGAAAAUCGAGCCAAAAUCAUGUCACAUCCGCUUUAUCCUAAGUUGCUCCAAGCUUACAUCGCUUGCCAAAAGGUUGGGGCUCCGCCGGAUAUAUCGAAUCUCUUCGAUGAAAUUUUCAGAGAUAAUGAUUUCUGUAGGAGAUCCAGCGCCUGUUCUUGUCUGGGCGACGAUCCAGAGCUUGACGAAUUCAUGGAAACUUACUGUGAGAUGCUGGGUAAGUAUAGAUCGGAUCUCGCAAGGCCUUUCGAUGAAGCAACUACGUUUCUGAACAAUAUGCAAACUCAACUCACCAAUCUCUGCAAGGGAACUUCUAUAACCUACCACACAGGUGGGGAUGAAAGUGUAGAGAGGUCAAAGGAAGAUACAAGUAGAGGAGGGGAAGCAGAAGGGGUGAGAUCCAACUGGAGCAAUGAAGAUAGAGCUCUGAAGGAUACACUUUUACGCAAAUACAGCAAAUAUAUUAGUUCCCUCAAGCAUGAAUUUUCCAACAAGAAGAAGAAAGGAAAACUACCCAAAGAAGCAAGACAAGUUCUCCUUGAUUGGUGGAACCUUCACUACAGAUGGCCAUAUCCCACUGAAGCAGACAAGGUAGCACUGGCUGAAUCAACAGGAUUGGACCAAAAACAGAUAAACAACUGGUUUAUAAAUCAAAGGAAGCGGCAUUGGAAACCAUCGGAGAAUAUGCAGUUUGCAGUCAUGGACAGUCUUUGUGGAUCGUUUAUCGUCAACAAUUGA